AAUCCAAGAUGGCGGCUGUGGUGGAAUCCGAGAAGGAAAACUGGGACGUUAUUGGCGAAUACUCCAAAAAGACGUUACGGCUGAAGGCAGACCGAUGGACCAAGGCGGUUCAAAAUGAGGACACGAGGGCGUCGCUUCUUAAAUUUCUGGACUCGGAUGCUGAACAGGUGAUCGUGGGACAGAACUUAACCAAUCAGCUGGUCGCAACGUCGGAAGUUCCUUCCGGAUUCCGGACGAAGGCCGUGUACUUCCUGAAGACCAGCGAUGUUCCUCUCGUCAGAGAGGAGGACACCAGCAAUGUCCGGGACCAUGUCAUAUUUGGCGACAUUUCGCCCCAGCCUCUCGACCAACUCUCCACGUUAAUCGAAGAGGUGAUUAUCCCCAUGCUGGAGAACCCCGAGAAUCGACACGGAUGGCCGGACAUGGUGUGUGAGGACGUGUCUCGUCAGCUGUACUCGCUGAGGGGAACGGUCUAUCGUAUGUGGGGACAGCUCAGAGGACAGACUCUCCUCCCACUUCCCUUCGGAUUGGAGACGCUCGAGAAGGCGGAGAGGCAUGCAUUGGACACAGGCGAGAUGACAGACUCCCAGCUGAAAAGUGCCAUCGAGGGAGUCGUGAUCAAGUGGGUGCACCAAGUAGAAGAGGUUCUCCUGCAGGAUACCGACGACCUGGUCACCCCGGACCAUUUCCCAAAGCCCUUGGAAGAAAUCACGUUCUGGAGUAAACGCCGAGAGAACUUUUCUCACAUCGCGAAUCAACUUCAGGAUAAGAAGGUGCGUAUGAUGUCCAACAUUCUAGAGAUUACGGAGUCGGCCUACUACCCAGCCUUCGUCAAAAUGUCCGCUGACGUUACUAUGGCCGUACAAGAAUCCCAAGACAUCAUGAUCCACUUGAGCCCAAUGAAACCCCUGUUCGAAGGACUGGAAGCUGGAGAGUUCCAGGAGUCGGAGCCUCUCAUCCCGCCCUUGAUGCACUGCAUAUGCCUCCUGUGGGCGGCCUGCCCCGCCUACAGGAAGCCCGACAGAAUAGUCACUCUCUUCAGGGAGAUAACAAACCUGCUCAUUAGCAUGGGCAGAGCCUUUAUAGGGACCGUGGGCUUCCAGGCAGAAACUACAGAGCCUCUGUUGAAAAUUAAUACCUGCGUCAGUGUCUUCAGGGUUUUCAAAGACAGCUUCGAUGAACACCGGGCCAAGGUCGACACAUAUUUCGGGGAGGGUGAGAAACCCAGACGCUGGGAAUUCCAUCCUGCUCACGCCUUUGCCAGGAUGGACCAGUUUCUGCAGCGGCUGGCUAAUAUCAAGGAAAUUUUUGACAUCGCCAAAGAGUUCCUAAAGAUUGAGAAGGUCGAAUUCGGGGGUCCAAAAGGUAAAAUUUUAGGAGCAAACAUUGCAGCCGUGUACAGCGAAUUCAACGAGGCCUACACUGCCUUCUCCAUCAACACCUACGACUGCCUGGACCCUGCAGAGACGGCCUUCGUCGAAGGGCAUCGCCAGUUCAAGAUGAAGGUCACCGAACUGGAGCAACGCCUCAGUCUUAUCGUUCGACAUGCUCUUCAGGAGAGUCAGAGCCCAGAGGCAUACUUCAAGGUUGUAGAGUUGUUGGGAACAAUGUUGGAACGUCCAAUUAUCCUGAACGAAUACACCAAUUGUCUUCCACACCUCAUGGAGCUUCUUAAACAUGAGGUAGAAACGGCAAAGGAGCUUUUCGAGGGCUGGGAAUACGGAAAGGCUUUGGGAGAGAAGAAGGACAACGGAGAAGAAGAAGAAGUGGAGGAAGGAGCCCUAGACGCAGAGGGUUCCAACUUACUCGGAGGACUAGGCGCAAGCCUUGAUUUGGGAUCGAAGGAAGGCCCUGGACUAGGAGUAGGAGGAUCAGGAGGAGGGAGAAUGAACGAAGAAGAGGCGCAAGACGGAAAAGAGAGCGAGAGCGGAGAGGAGAAUGUCCCAUAUCAUCGGUACUUCCCGCCAAUUGUGUCCAAAUUGAAAGGUCUUCAGGAAGUCCGCAAUCGGGUUUCAGGGAACAUCAAGACCUUUUCGGAACUCUCUCACCCAAUCGUGAGCAGUGAGGAAGGGAUCUCCCUGCAGAAGCAAUGGCAGGAGAUUCAGGACGCCCUCGAGGUCAGCAUGAAGGCGGUGAUGGUUGAGUGGAGGAGUCUGGCAUCUGCUGAUUACACGCAUGCGCUCCGCCAACCUCUGCUUGUCCGCAAAGAAGAUUGUACUAUCGCCGUCAAUUUCAGUAUGGAGGUGGUUAGAGCUCUGGAAGAGCUCCGCUACGUCUGGGUCGUUGGCGAAGGCAUCACGGAAGGAGCAGAGUUGGCUUCCUACCGCAACACCUUCAGGAAGUACAAUGCCAAUCUGCAGCUCGUGACAGACUGGUACAACCACAUCAGGACGCACACUAACGAGGUUGAGUUCAGUCUCAUCAAGAAAGAAAUGGACGAGAUAGAUGAGAAUAUCAAGCAGGCUGAGACCGAGUUGACUUGGAAUUCGGAUGGAGUUUGGGAGUACAUAGAAGUCCUUCGAGACACGGUCAGCAACCUCGAAGGUCGCGUCCAGAAGGUGCAGGAGAAUGUCAGGCAUCUGGACGACAUUUUGGACACCUGGGUGCAGUUGCCCAUCUACCAGAGGCGAGACGGCAAGAAAGAGACGCUUCUCAACCUAGAAGACAGGAACGACAGGCUGAAGAAAGUGAACUCGAAGAUGGCGAUGGACGGAGAGAAGAUCCAGGGAAUGGUGGACGAGAACAAGAGGCUGCUGAAAGUGAACGAAGAAUCGAAACACUGGGAUCAGUACCUUCUCUUCAUGGAUCACAUGAUCACCAGAGGACUCGUUGACGCUGUCUGUUGCAGUUUGUUCUACCUUCUGGACAACUGUGAACCUCGACCAAAUCAGUUUCCCCUCCUGGAGGCGUUCCUUGACCUGAAGGAACCCAACCUUAUCCUAAGUCCUUCACCCGAGGAACUGAGGAAAUUAGCGGAGUCCCUCGUCACUGACAUCCUGAACGUGUCGACCUUAAUCCCAAGAUUAGCCACGCAAGAACAUCCUACUUAUCUGCCCGAAGUGGAAAGAGACCCGGAGGUGAACGAACUCCGAGAGGCCCUGAUGGACAGAUUCGAGGACGCCGCCCUCCAGAUGACGGAGCACCGAGACAGCUUCCUGGUGCACCAGUCCCUGUGGAGGGACAACCGGGAAGACGCCCUGGAAAGAUUCCUGACGGCGGACGAGAACGGGAAAGAUAAAGAACCCUCUUUGGCCCAGUUCAAGCAACAGAUCGACAAAUACGAGGCUUUGUACACCGAACUGGAAGGCAUAGAGACCACAAAAGUUUUCGAUCGCUGGUUCCGCCUUGACGUGAGACCUUUCAAGCACAACCUUUUGGAAAACGUCAAGAAAUGGUCAAACCUCUUCAAGAAACACCUGAUUGCUCGCGUCAUUGACAGCCUAACUGACCUCGACCUGUUCAUCAAAGAAACCGAAGUGGGCGUCGCAAAAGACUUGGGCAACGGCGACUACGACACCUUGGUUUCCGUCAUGGGUCACCUGGUGGCCGUGCGGGAUCGAACUUUCACCACGGAUGCCAUGUUCGAACCCCUGAAGAACACCAUCGCCCUGGUGAAACAGUAUGGCGACGAUCUUCCUGAAACCAUGCAUCUGAAAUUACAGGAACUGCCAGAGCAAUGGGAAUCGCUCAAGAAGCAGUGUGACUUGAUCCGACAGCACGUGGCCCCUCUGAAGGCCAACGAGGUUUCGGGAAUCAAGAAGAAAUGUAUCAAAUUCGAGGUUCGCCAGAGCGCUUAUCGAGAGAAGUUCAAGAAGUAUUCCUUCUUCAACUUCGACUGUGAGCUUCCUUAUUGGCGAAUAGAACGCGUGGACACCAGGAUGCAGAUUCUCGAAAAGGAGAUGAAUCGCCUGCAGGAAUCUGCGGUUCUCUUCGAAGUCAACAUCCCAGACUUCAAACACCUGAAGUUGUGCAGAAGAGAGCUGCGCAUGUUGAAGCAACUUUGGGAUCAUAUCAGUCUCGUGCGAUGUUGCGUAGACAACUGGAAAACGACUCCCUGGCGGGAAGUCGACGUUGAAAACAUGGAUAUCGAGUGCAAGAAAUUUGCAAAGGACAUCAGAGGCCUAGACAAGGAGAUGCGAGUAUGGGAUUCUUACGUCAAUCUAGACUCAACCGUGAAGAACAUGUUGACAUCUCUAAGGGCGGUGGCAGAGUUGCAGAAUCCAGCUCUCAGGGAAAGGCACUGGGGCCAGCUUCUGAUCGCUACGAAAUCAGCCUCCGACCCUGAAUCCACGCAGACCUUCGUGAGGAACUACGUCGAGAACCCAGAGACCACCCUGGCUGACCUUCUGGAACUCAACCUCCACACUUACGAGGACGAAGUCAAGAACAUCGUUGAUAGGGCCGUGAAAGAAAUGUCAAUGGAGAAGAUUAUUAAGGAACUGGAAGUAACUUGGGCCACCCUGGAGUUCUUGACAGACACGCAUCCUCGCACUCAAGUGGUUCUGGUCAGGACUUCGGAGGAGAUGAUAGAGACUCUGGAGGAGAACCAGGUUCAGCUACAGAAUCUGAUGACCUCCAAGUACAUCGAACACUUCCUGGGCGAAGUGUCGGCGUGGCAGAACAAACUAGCAAUUGCUGAUCAGGUCAUCACUUUAUGGUUCGAAGUGCAGCGUACAUGGAGUCACCUGGAGUCUAUCUUUAUUGGAUCAGAUGACAUCAGGAGACAGUUACCAGAAGAUUCUGCCCGAUUUGAUCAGAUCGACAUUGAUUUCAAGAAAUUAGUAUCUGAGAUGGUGGAGCAUCCUCACGUCCUGGAAGCAACCAACAGAGAGGGGCUCUUCGACCGCCUGGAAUCUCUGCAGGCUGAGCUGACGCUGUGCGAGAAGACAUUGGCCGAGUACCUGGAAACGAAACGCCUCGCUUUCCCUAGGUUCUACUUUGUGUCAACUGCUGAUCUGCUCGAUAUCCUCUCCAAUGGAAAUCAGCCCGUUAAGGUUACCAGACAUCUCACCAAAUUAUUUGAUAGUAUGUGCAACCUAAGAUUCGAAGAAGGAACAGGUCGAAAUGCAACCACUGCUGUUGGGAUGACAGCCAAGGAUGGAGAGUUCGUGGAAUUCUCUAGUAUUACCAAAUGUGUUGGUCCAGUCGAGAAGUGGUUAAUGAACAUCCUGAUCAUCAUGCGAACUACAGUCAGAGAUAGAAUGACCGAUGCUGUUGUAGCUUACGAAGAUCGCCCCAGAGAUCAGUGGGUUGGUGACUACCCAGCCCAGGUUGCCCUAACUGGAACUCAGAUUUACUGGACUGUUGAGGUCAAUGCAGCCUUCGCUCGUCUGGAAGAGGGAUAUGAAAAUGCUCUUCGCGAUUAUUAUAGGAAACAGGUCCAGCAGCUAAAUGCCCUCAUCUCCCUCCUCCUCGGGGAACUGACGAAGCAGCAGCGUCAGAAGAUCAUGACCAUCUGCACCAUCGAUGUUCACGCCAGGGACGUCGUCGCCAAACUUAUUAGCGGGAAGGUCGAAUCUGCUGCAGAAUUCGCUUGGCAGUCGCAGCUCAGACACAGAUGGGACGAAGAAAAGGCCGAUUGCUUCGUGGAUAUCUGCGACGCCCGGAUGAAGUAUGACCACGAGUACCUUGGGAAUACCCCACGCCUCGUCAUCACGCCCCUCACAGACAGGUGUUACAUCACGCUUACGCAGUCCCUUCACCUGGUGAUGGGCGGCGCCCCCUCUGGUCCUGCAGGAACCGGUAAAACCGAAACCACGAAAGAUUUGGGUCGUGCCCUGGGUAUGAUGGUCUACGUCUUCAACUGCUCCGAACAGAUGGAUUACAAGUCUUGUGGGAACAUCUACAAAGGGCUAGCACAAACGGGCGCUUGGGGUUGCUUCGACGAAUUCAACAGAAUCUCCGUUGAGGUGUUGUCCGUGGUUGCUGUGCAAGUGAAGAGCGUUCAGGACGCGAUUCGCAAUAGGAAGGCGAACUUCGACUUCAUGGGCGAAACCAUUCGCCUGACGCCCACCGUCGGGAUUUUCAUCACCAUGAAUCCUGGCUACGCCGGGCGAACGGAGCUUCCAGAAAAUUUGAAAGUCUUAUUCAGACCCUGUGCAAUGGUGGUCCCUGAUCUGGAGCUCAUUUGUGAAAUCAUGUUGGUGGCCGAAGGCUUCAUCGAAGCCAAGAUCCUCGCCAGGAAAUUCAUUACUUUGUAUCGGCUCUGCCGGGAGCUCCUGUCGAAGCAGAGCCAUUACGACUGGGGUCUCAGAGCCAUCAAGAGUCUCCUGGUUGUUGCUGGGUCCUUGAAGCGAGAAGACCCUGAACUACCCGAGGACCAGGUGCUGAUGAGGGCCCUGAGGGACUACAAUGUUCCCAAAAUUGUGACAGACGACGUCCCUGUGUUCAUGGGGCUCAUAGGGGAUCUCUUCCCUGCUCUGGACGUCCCCCGAAAGAAAGAUUUAGAUUUUGAAAAGGCUGUUAAGGAAGCUGCGGUCGACCUCAAGCUACAACCAGAAGAUAGCUUCAUACUGAAGGUUGUCCAACUGAAGGAGUUAUUAGUGGUCCGACACAGCGUGUUCAUAAUAGGACAAGCCGGCACAGGGAAGACUCAGGUCCUGCGCACUUUAUUCCGGACGAUGGUCAACAUGAAGACUAAACCUAUCUGCUUUGACUUGAACCCGAAAGCAGUGACCACAGACGAGCUCUUUGGCUACAUAAAUCCAGCCACUAGAGAGUGGAAAGAUGGUCUGUUUUCCAACCUCAUGAGGGAACAGGCUAACAUGUCGGGGGAUUCCCCAAAGUGGAUCAUCCUGGACGGAGACAUUGAUCCAAUGUGGAUCGAAUCACUCAACACUCUUAUGGAUGAUAAUAAGAUCCUGACCCUGGCCAGCAACGAGCGCAUCUCCCUCACGCCUUACAUGAGGCUGCUCUUCGAGAUCAGCCAUUUGCGCACGGCGACUCCAGCCACUGUCUCCAGAGCAGGCAUCAUCUACCUCAAUACUGGAGAUUUGGGAUGGAACCCAUACGUCACAAGCUGGAUCGACAAACGCGAGGUGCAGAGCGAGAAGGCCAAUCUGAUGGUUCUCUUCGACAAAUAUAUACCGACUUGUCUGGAUAUUCUGCGCAUGCGCUUCAAGAAGAUAACGCCCAUCCCGGAGAUCAACCAUCUGAUGAUGCUGUGUCAGUUGCUGGAGUGUCUGUUGACGCCAGAAAAUGCUCCGCCUGACAGCCCCAAAGAGGUGUACGAAACCUACUUCGUCUUCGCUGCUGUCUGGGCCUUUGGGUCGGCUCUCUACCAAGAUGGCAACGUAGACCACCGAGUGGAAUUCAGCAAGUGGUUCCAACAGGAAUUCAAGUCGGUGAAAAUCCCAGCCACCGGGAAUGUCUUUGAUUACUUCAUCGAGCGCGAAACUCUGAGGUUCGCUCCCUGGACCGAGAAGAUUCCGAGGUUCGAACUCGACGCCGACACCCCGCUGCAGUUACUCCAGGAUUUCUGCCCUCGAGUCCUGUCGUCCCUGAUGGUCCACACUUGCGAGACCGUCCGACUCAAGUUCUUCAUCGACCUCCUGAUGAACAGGUGCUACCCCGUGAUGCUCGUGGGACCCUCCGGGUGCGGGAAGUCCGCUCUCCUGAACGAGAUCCUCAACUCCAUGCCCGAGGAGUACUCGGUUUGCAACGUCCCUUUCAAUUACUACACCACCUCAGAACUGCUCCAGAGAGUACUCGAAAAACCGCUCGAGAAAAAGGCUGGAAGGAACUACGCACCCCCGGCGAAGAAGCUCAUCUACUUCAUAGAUGAUAUUAAUAUGCCCAUGGUCGACAUGUAUGGCACGGUGCAGCCCCAUACACUCAUCCGACAGCAUAUGGAUUACGGCCAUUGGUAUGACAGAACGAAGCACACGCUGAAGGAUAUACACAACGUGCAGUAUGUUGGGGCCAUGAAUCCGACUGCUGGAUCAUUUAGUAUCAACCCUCGACUUCAGAGACAUUUCUCUGUCUUUGCUGUUAGCUUCCCUUGUAUGGAAAGUCUCUACCGAAUCUACUCGUCCCUUUUGGAUCAGCAUCUCAAGAGUCCCGCCAUGAAGUUUAAUCCAACGUUGACCAGGAUGACGGAGCCGUUGGUGAACUCGGCCCUUCAGCUGCACCAGAAAGUCACCGCUACUUUCCUGCCGACGGCGACGAAGUUUCACUACAUCUUCAACCUGAGAGAUCUCACGAACAUUUUCCAGGGCCUUCUGUUCUGCACGGGCGAGACUGUGAAAGCGCCCCUGGAACUCCUGAGGGCGUGGCUUCACGAGACCCAGAGGGUCUACGGAGACCGUCUGCUGGAGGAGAAAGACCUGGAGAUGCUGAAUAAACUACAAGUAGACAUCACGAAAAAGAUCUUCGAGAGCGAUGAUGAAGAGAAAGAGACGGUCAUAGAGGAACUGGACGAAGCAGAGGUCAUGGCGCAGCCCAAUGUAUUCUGUCACUUCGCUCGGGGCAUCGGGGAGCCUCGCUACCUGCCCAUCAUGUCUUGGGCUGACCUCAACACCAUCCUCUUGGACGCUCUGACGACGUAUAACGAACUGAACGCUGCCAUGAACUUGGUCCUUUUCGAAGAUGCCAUGGCUCACAUCUGCAGGAUCAACAGGAUCUUAGAGUGUCCAAGAGGCAACGCUCUCCUGGUAGGGGUAGGAGGCUCGGGAAAACAGUCGCUGGCGCGCCUGGCAGCCUUUAUCUCUGGUCUUGAGGUGUUCCAAAUUACUCUCACCAAGGACUACGGAAUACAGGAGCUGAGGAGCGACCUGGCAAACUUAUACCUGCGAGCCGGACUCAAGAACUUAGGAACAGUCUUCCUGAUGACAGACGCCCACAUUCCCGACGAAAAGUUUUUGGUGCUCAUCAAUGACCUGUUGGCUUCAGGGGAAAUCCCUGACCUGUUCCCUGAGGACGAGGUCGAAAACAUUGUCUCUUCAGUCAGGAAUGAGGUCAAAACGACGGGACAGCAAGACACGAGGGAAAACUGCUGGAGGUUCUUCAUCGACCGCGUCAGGAAGAAUCUCAAGAUGGUCCUGUGCUUCUCUCCCGUGGGAUCUACUCUGAGAGUACGAGCCCGCCAAUUUCCAGCCAUCAUCAGCUGCACAACCAUCGAUUGGUUCCACGAAUGGCCACAAGAGGCGCUGGUGUCAGUGUCAAACACUUUCUUGGGCAACAUUGAAGAUCUUCCAGAAGACAUACGAGAAUCCGUAUCCACGUUCAUGGCUCAUGUUCAUGGAUCUGUCAAUGACAUGAGUCGGUUGUACCUGAACAACGACAGAAGGUACAAUUAUACCACUCCAAAGACCUUCCUGGGCUUCAUCUCCCUCUACUCGAAUCUCUUGACACACAAGAGCGAGGAACUGCAAGCGAAGAUCGCCCGCCUUCAGAAUGGCUUGGAGAAGCUGCGCACCACUUCUGCGCAGGUGGAUGCUCUGAAAGCUAAAUUGGCCAUUCAAGAGGUGGAAUUGCAGAAGAAGAAUGACGAGGCUGAUAAACUGAUUCGCAUCGUGGAGGCCGAAACUGCUAAGGUCGUGAAAGAGAACGAGAGCGCCAACGAGGAGAAGCGGAAAGUGGCCAUCAUCGAGACGGAGGUCGCCAAGAGGCGCAAGGAGUGCGAGGAGGACCUCGUCAAGGCUGAGCCUGCCCUUGUUGCCGCCAGGGAGGCCCUUAACACUCUCAACAAGGCCAACCUGACGGAGCUGAAGUCCUUCGGUUCGCCUCCUUCAGGAGUGUCAAGUGUCACAGCAGCUGUCAUGGUCCUGUUGGCUCCUAAUGGAAAGAUCCCGAAGGAGAGGUCGUGGAAAGCCGCUAAGAUGACGAUGGCCAAAGUCGAUCAGUUCUUAGAUCAACUCAUCAACUACAACAAGGAAGACAUCCAUCCUGACAUCAUCAAAGCCAUUCAGCCCUACCUCGACAGCCCCGAAUUCAACCCAGAUUUCAUCAGGGCAAAGUCGGUAGCUGCUGCAGGUUUAUGUUCAUGGGUAAUCAACAUCAUCCGGUUCUUCGAGGUCUACUGCGACGUCGAACCGAAGAGAAGGGCUUUGGAGGCUGCUAACGCCGAACUGGCAGCUGCUCAGAACAGGCUGGAGGCCAUCACUUCAAAAAUCAAGAGCUUAGAGGAGCAACUAGGACACCUUCAAGCUGAGUUUGACAAGGCCACGGCAGAAAAGAUGCGGUGCGAGAAGGAGGCAAACAGCACCGCCCACACUAUCGCCUUGGCCAACAGACUGGUAGGCGGGCUGUCGUCUGAGAAGGUCCGCUGGGCCGAAGCUGUUGCACAGAUGCACACCUCAGCGAAGACUCUUCCUGGAGACAUCCUUUUAGUAGCUGCCUUUAUAUCCUAUGCAGGAUGCUUCACCAAACACUACAGACGAGACCUCAUGGACAAAUUGUGGUUACCUAUGCUACAGAAACUCAAUCCGGUUAUUCCCAUCACCCACAAUCUGGAUGCCAUCAAACUCCUGACGGAUGACGCAACCAUCGCCGGUUGGAAUAAUGAAGGCCUCCCGUCAGAUCGGAUGUCAACCGAAAACGCCAUCAUCCUCACCAAUUCGGACAGGUGGCCCCUCAUCAUAGAUCCUCAGCUUCAAGGCAUAAAAUGGAUCAAAGCGAGAUAUGGAGACGCCUUGGUAGUGGUACGACUUGACCAGAAGACCUGCGUUGAUGUUCUGGAGGCAGCCAUCGCCAAGGGCGACACAGUGCUGAUCGAGAACCUUCCAGAAAGCCUUGAUCCGGUUCUCGAUCCUCUCAUCGGCAAGAACCUCAUCAAACGCGGAAGAGCUCUGAAAAUGGGCGACCGUGAAAUUGAGUACAACCCGUCGUUCCAACUCAUCCUGCACACGAAGUUAGCCAAUCCGCAUUACAAGCCGGAGUUGCAGGCGCAGUGCACCCUCAUCAACUUCACCGUCACCCGGGAUGGUUUGGAGGACCAGCUUCUGGCAGAGGUCGUCAAGGCAGAGAGGCCUGACCUUGAGGAACUGAAGUAUAACCUGACAAAGCAGCAGAACGAUUUCAAAAUCCAGUUGAAACACCUGGAGGAUGACCUGCUGAGCCGCUUGUCCUCUGCCGGAGGAAACUUCCUGGGAGACACAGCUCUCGUCGAGAACCUGGAACACACCAAGGCCACGGCUCAAGAGAUUCAGGAAAAGGUGGCUGAAGCCCGGAUCACAAGUGUGCAGAUUGACGAGGCCAGAGAGCUGUACCGACCGGCAGCUGCCAGGGCUUCCCUUCUGUACUUCAUCCUGAAUGACCUUCAUAAGAUCAAUCCCAUCUAUCAGUUCUCUUUGAAAGCCUUCAGAGUGGUCUUCCACAAGGCCAUAGAUCGGUCAGAAGCCAAUGACGAGGUCCGACUGAGGGUGGAGGCUUUGAUUGAUACCAUCACCCACAGCGUCUUCCUUUACACAACGAGGGGCCUCUUCGAGAGGGACAAAUUGAUCUUUGCGGCUCAGAUGACGUUCCAGGUGUUGGCAUCUCAAGGUGAAGUUGGAGGCUUAGAGUUAGAUUUGCUUCUGCGAUUCCCUGUUCAGCCCAACGUCGUCUCUCCGAUUCCUUUCUUGACAAACAACAACUGGGGAGCAAUUCGGUCUCUUUCUCAGGUGGACGAGUUCAGGAACCUGGACCGAGACAUCGAAAACAGCAUCAAGCGGUGGCGGAUCUUCUGCGAGUGCGAAGCUCCGGAAAAGGAGAAACUUCCAGGAGACUGGAAGAGCCGUUCCGACGUCCAGAGGCUGGUGAUCUUGAGAGCGCUUCGGCCGGACCGCAUGACGAACGCUAUGCAGUUAUUCAUCGAAGACCGAAUGGGUAGGAAAUACGUCGAAGGAGAGAACAUCGACUUCUCUCAGAGUUACGAGGAAUCCGGUCCCUCGACGCCGAUCUUCUUCAUCCUCUCGCCGGGAGUCGACCCUCUCAAGGAAGUGGAACGUUUAGGGCACAGCCUGGGUUACACAUGCGAGAACAAACGUUUGCACAACGUUUCACUCGGCCAGGGUCAGGAAAAGGUGGCCGAAGAAGCCUUGAAAAUCGCCUCCAAAGAAGGACACUGGGUCAUUUUGCAGAAUAUCCAUCUAGUAAGGCAGUGGCUACCCAGGCUGGAGAAGAAGUUGGAGGCUUACUCAGACGUGGCCCACAAUGACUACCGAGUCUUCAUGAGUGCAGAACCAGCCAACAGGCCGGAGAACCACAUCCUCCCUCAGGGCAUUCUGGAAUCGGCCAUCAAAAUCACCAAUGAGCCUCCGAGGGGAAUGCAGGCCAACCUGCACAAGGCACUGAGCAACUUCUCUCAGGAGACUCUCGAGAUGUGUUCCAAGGAGGCCGAAUUCAAGUCGUUGCUCUUCUCCCUCUGUUACUUCCACGCAUGCGUCGCCGAGAGGAGGAAGUUCGGCGCCCAGGGAUGGAACAGACCUUACCCCUUUAAUACGGGCGACCUGACCAUCAGUGUGAAUGUGUUGUACAACUACCUGGAGGCCAACAGCACCGUUCCCUGGGAAGACCUGCGUUACCUGUUCGGGGAAAUCAUGUACGGAGGUCACAUCACCGACGACUGGGAUCGAGUCCUUUGCAGGACCUAUCUCGAGGAAUUCCUUCACCCCGACCAGCUUGACGGCGAGCUCAAUCUGGCCCCGGGAUUCCCAACGCCUCCGAAUCUGGACUACUCGGGAUACCACGCCUACAUUGACUCGUGUUUGCCUACAGAGUCUCCUCAUUUGUACGGCCUCCACCCGAAUGCUGAGAUCGGCUUCCUCACCAUGACCUCGGAGCAUCUUUUCAAGACCGUCUUUGAGCUUCAGCCUAGGGAUAUGGGGAACACGGGAGGCGUUGUUAUCACCAGGGAGGAUAAGGUCAAACAGACCCUAGACGAGAUUCUGGAAAAGCUGCCCGAGCCCUUCAACAUGGUGGAGAUCACUGGCAAAGUUGAGGAAAGAACCCCUUACGUCCAAGUGGCAUUCCAGGAGUGCGAGAUGAUGAACGUGUUGACACAGAGCAUCCGAUCCUCUCUCAAAGAGCUCGAUUUAGGAUUCAAGGGCGAACUGAAAAUGACCUCAGCUAUGGAGGAGUUGGGAGAAUCACUAUUUUUGGACCAAGUGCCAGAGAACUGGGCCAACAAAGCUUAUUCGUCGACUUUCGGGCUGACUGCGUGGUAUGCUGAUCUGCUCCUGAGGGUGAAGGAAUUAGAGACGUGGGUCGGAGACUUCCAGGUUCCUUCAUCCGUGUGGUUAGCUGGUUUCUUCAACCCUCAGAGUUUCCUGACAGCCAUUAUGCAAAGUACGGCGCGCAAAUGCGAACUGCCGCUGGAUCAGAUGUGUCUGCAGUGUGACGUCACGAAGAAAAACAAAGAAGACUUCACGUCUCCGCCCCGCGAAGGAGCGUACGUCCACGGCCUGUUCCUGGAAGGAGCCUCGUGGGACAUCGAGAACUCCAUCCUGGUGGACUCCCGCAUGAAGGAAUUACAUCCGGUGAUGCCCGUCAUGUUCAUCAAAGCUCUGACCCAAGACAAGGCCGAAAACAGAAACCUGUACGAGUGUCCUAUGUACAAAACGAGGCAGAGAGGACCUACUUACGUCUGGACCUUUAAUCUGAAAACGAAAGAAAAACCGGCCAAGUGGAUUCUCGCGGGCGUGGCGCUUCUACUCCAAGUGUAAACAGGCAAAUAACGACCAUUAUAAAGCUGAAUCAUCUAGUCCAGAGUCGCCAGAAAUGUCGUCGUAAGCGGCCUUUUCCUGUCAGCGACCGAGGAACAAAUUUCACAUCAUAUCUCUUGAUCAGUAUCUAAAACUCGGGUGAGGAGAUUGGAGCAAGAAAGGACAUCCGUCCGUAAACAUCUGCCGAACCAGUUAGCAACCUCAACUAGGGUAUAAGCUAAGAUGUAGAGAGAUUAUGUAAACAUCGUUGUUGGUAUCCAAGACCAGUUGUAAGCAGCGUUUCCUAUUCAGUGUCCGUGGAAAUCACUGUGCAGGCAUCCAAGAAUCAUUGUCCAUAGAGAGAACUUCAAGUACCAAAACAUUCCUAGUCAGUUUCCAAGGCACUAUUUAUAAACAGAUUUUACAGUGCUUAUAUAUAGAAUUCUCCUAUCUGAGUCAACGGAACUAAUAAUAAACAACUGUGACCUAUGCUGUGUCCAAGAAACUGAUUAUAAACAAAUAAUUUAUAGGUUAACAUUUCCUGUUCAGUGACCAAGGCACUAAUUAAGUAUAUAUACAAACGUUUCCCAGAUCUUGUCAAAUUAAUUAUUCUUAAACUAUCAUAGUUACGUAAAUCACUGUGGAACAUUUUUCCCUAAUCAGUAACUAAGGAAAUCAUUCCAAAUAAACAUUAUGUGACGAAUGGAAUGAUUGUAGGUAGUCAUUUAAAUAAACGUUCAAAUUAACGAAUAUAUAUAUUUCCUGGUGCUAUGUACUUGUUACUUACGCAUCACCUACCACGAGAUGCUACCAUGUUAGUACUAAUCAUGACGGAAACUCCUUGGGACGCCGUGUUUAAUACUCGCCACUCGGGGAUCAAAAAAUGAUAUACACCCAUUUCUAUAUUGUAUGGUUGACAAAUUAUAUCACUAAACGAUAUCUUCGUGCUACAGCCUACUUUACAUUUAGGUACCAUGAGGUGUUUAGUACUAGCACAAGGUGUCGCGUAGAUAAUUGUAACACCCAUUAACUAGUAUCCGAGGAAACAAGAGUAGACAUGUUCUAUGUGAUUGUAAGGUAGUGUAAAUAAAUAAGUUUUUUUCUUAUCUUCUAAGAAAAUAUUUUUGAAUGAUUCGUGUAUAUUUCGUGAUGUAAAAUAAUGCAUUUCCAUAUUUAUUAGUGGUCAAGUAAAUGCAUGCUUUGUGGUGCAGGCCCAGGAAAUGAGGUCAUGCGAUUAAUUUUAUUUAUGAAAGUAAAAAUUUUCCUAAAAGAAAAAAAACGGUAUCCUUCCUACUAUACAUGUUUUAAAACAGUGUGAACAAACUUAAACUUUGUAUGACUGCUUUGUCAAGAGAAUUGUUUUAUCUUAUCAACAGAAUUUCUCUGGUUGUUAUAUACUUUAACUGUUAUAGGGAAUUAUUAAAUAUAUGUAUUUCGCUUACACCUGAACAAAGAAGGUGGUCACGUGGCUGAUGUCUGUCCAUUACAAAAACGGCAAAUGAAAUCACAGUGGUUUGCAGAUGAAUGUGAAUCUAGUAUUUUAGAGCCAUUUUUCCACCUUCUGGAUUCCCUAGGCUUAGUUCUGAAUCAUUCCAGAGAUCAACCUCGUAUAAGCAUACAUAAGCCCUGUGCUGCUGUAUAACACACACACACACACACACACACACACACACACUUUCUACGUGUAGUAAGACAGGAUGACUGAAAAAGAAAUCAGGAUAGUGAUGAUGAUGAUAGUGGUCAUGACACCCAAGUUGUUAAUGUCACUUCCGUAACGAUCGUAGCCAGAUGUAAACAUACAGUAUAUAGCCUGUUUGACAUGUCUAUUUAUUUUUUAAUAAUAUUUCAGUGUUUUCUUCAGAGGAGGGCUUUUCACGAGAUUUAUAUAUAAAAAAAGUUUUGACCAGUGGUCAAUUUAUCUUGUUGAUUGCCAUAAUUAGCACUGAUUUAGAAGAGUCUUAUAAGCAUAAAAUAUCCUAGUUUUGAUAUCCCUUUAGAUAUAUGUAUUGACCGGAAGGAGAUAAGUACACAUCUACCAUGUAGCAUCUCCCACAUCAUUAUCGUACUUUUUUUUUUUUUACAAGUUUAUAACAGCGUCUAGUAAUACAAUCUUUAUACGUUAGCUGUGAUUUGAUAAGAGAUAUCGCUGGGGUCUUUUGUCUGUGACGCAGAUCUGUCAUUUUUGUUGUGUAAUGUGGUUUUCAUAGGCUAUAGGGAGACCUACGUGCACUUACUUCCCUUUCAGUGUUCAAGGGAAUGAUUUAGAAAAUAAAUUUGUCUAAACUUUAGGAUACCCAGCUAGGUUACAAACUGUCACUCCCAUUAAAUGUUAUCUUAGAAAUAGGGUCUACAUAUCAGAAAAUUAAAAAGAAAUUCUAUUUUAUACAUGUAUAUAUUGGACAAGCGAAACGUAUCGUAUCUAAAUAAUGUUAAUAUUUGUACAGAGGUGUUCCAAUAAUAAAUACUUUUUUAGUAAUGGGAUGUUAACUGCUGGCUAAUUUUACGGUCACUGCAGUUCGUAUUUUUCCAGAGAGCAAAAAUAUUAAUUUUAGAUAAAUAUAAGUGUAAUCAUCUUACUAUAAAAGUCCUUUUCAGAUGCAGAAAAAUCUAUAGAGGAAAACUAGUUUUUAGAAGUCGAUAGCUAUUAUUUUACGAGUCUUUGGCGUAGUUUUCAAGAGAUGUUUGCCUUGCUGUGUACAAGUUAUAUAUCUUUACAAAAGAUAUUACACAUGUACUGAAAUUUGAUAAGUGCUGAUCAUGGUGCGGUAGUAACUGGAUUAGACUCCUCCUGACUGCGUGAGUUUAGGCUUAGAUUUAAGAAAAGGUGGUUACAGCCAUCAUUAUACUAAACAGACCAAAUACUGUUUUGAUUACUUUUUGAAGUAGUACGCCUUUUAUUAUUUUAUAUGUAUGAAGACACAUUGUCCAUUUUUCUCAAUAAAAUAGGUAUAUAAAAGACAUCCCAUUCCUUUCCUUUUAAAUACGAGAGGUAGGUAGCCAUUAAAACCGGAUGUUCGUAUUGCAUAUGUACUAUAUGUAUACUUAUGUAUGUUAUGUGUACAUA